ACCAAACAAACAUUGCCAACAUCGUUCCUUCAAGGCUUCAAUUCACUAUACCAUCAAGUUAUCUUCAGUCUCUUUCUAGCUUUCUUAACUCUUCUUUCUGGGAAAGUUUAUAUUCCUCUUUCAGAGCAAAAAUGGGGUUGUCUAGAAAAGUUAGAUGCGACACUCACGAACAAAAAUCCUCUUACUUCCUCGGAUGGAAGGAGUACGAGAAGAACCCAUAUGAUGAUGUUAAGAAUCCUGAGGGAAUCAUCCAAAUGGGACUUGCAGAGAAUCAAUUGUCCUUCGACAUUUUGGAGUCAUGGCUGGCUGAAAAUCCAGACGCGGCCGGAUUCAAGAGGGAUGAACAAUCCAUAUUCAGAGAGUUGGCUCUGUUCCAAGAUUACCAUGGGCUCCCUGCAUUCAAGAAGGCAUUGGUAGAUUUCAUGGCAGAAAUUAGAGGAAAUAAAGUAACAUUUGAUCCAAACCGCAUAGUACUCACCGCUGGUGCAACCUCUGCAAAUGAGACUCUCAUAUUCUGCCUGGCAGACGCCGGUGACGCUUUUCUCCUUCCGACUCCAUACUAUCCAGGAUUUGAUAGGGAUCUGAAGUGGAGAACUGGGGCGGAGAUUGUACCAAUUGAAUGCACAAGCUCCAAUGACUUCCAAAUCACUGAAUCGGCUCUUGAAGAAGCUUAUCAACGUGCUCACAAGCGCAACCUAAGAGUUAAGGGAGUCUUAGUCACCAACCCCUCUAACCCAUUGGGCACUUCAAUGAGCCGCGCUGAAUUAAACCUUCUGGUUGACUUUAUUUCCAAGAAGGAAAUUCAUUUAAUCAGCGACGAAAUCUAUUCUUGCACGGUUUUUUCCUCUCCAGGAUUUGUAAGUAUCAUGGAGAUUGUGAAAGAUAGGAAGUUGGAGAACUCUUAUGCUUUUAACAGAGUUCACCUUGUGUAUAGCCCCAACUUUCAGAUUGGUUAAUUAAUCCUGCAGCAUGUUUGUCUAGCAAUAGAGGAGGGAUUAAUUGAAAUAUGAUCUAUAAGAGGGAACUAACAUUGGAUACCUGUUGCUUUGUAUAACUUUAUGGGUUGAGUACCCUUGUACUCAGUUUGAUAAUAUUCA